AGACAUCUCUGCUAUAUUUGGCACCUUGUUCGUCGCUGGAACAUGCCCCGCGUCGGCCCCGACAUCAACCUCGGGCUCUGCGCCGAGGGCUCGGCGCCAGACGCGAGUGUUGCGGCGGCAGCUUUCAAGCGGUUGCAGCCCACGACGGUAAAUGUGCUGCAGUGCCUAAUCUCGAACGUCGUCACGUGUUCGAUUGCGCUGCUCUCGCUCGUGACGUUGCUCGUCUUUCUCUCUCAAGGCAUGUUUGAACGCGCGAUUGUCUCCAAGAAUACACAGACCGCCGACCAGUUUUGGGCGCCAUAUAGCAAGAGUUGUGUCGUCGACCGAGCCGGGUUUGUCGCAAACAGUUGCUCGGCCGAGGUACAGAACACGACGCACACCAACGCGUGGACGGCCAUUGAGCUCGUGCUUGCCCAGCAGUGGGCCGCUGAGCUCACCAAAGCGCGCGAGCUGUAUGUGACGACGUGCAUCAUUGGAGCCACUCCAAGUGUUGGGUGGGGCGACCUCCAAUUUAUCGCCGGGUACGACGACUAUCCCGAGUGCCUUCCGAGUGCUGGCGCCCAGAGCAUUGCAGGCAUGGCCAUGCUCGAGACCACCAUCCGCGAUACACACCCGGAAGGCCUGUACUUUUUGACGCUCUACUCGGAUCUGAACCCUACGAUGCAGAAAGUACUGGCGUACGUCAACACGGAUGGGACGACGGCGAAGCUCUUGAGCAGCCCACUGCGGACGCUGGUGACGCUGCAUGGCCAGACCAUCGCUGAUGCGAUUGGACAAAACUACAUGAUCCACUCGUACCCAUUGGGUCCUCGCUACCAAGUGACGGCGUCGUGUCACACGGAAAUGGAAGAGCUCAGUGCCUUCACGUCGUCGUUGCGAGGCUGGAGCCAAGGCAAAUUUUCCCAGCGGCCCGUUGCACCGGGCUGGACGUGUGGUCAUGUGGUGCAGAAUGCACCUGAGCUCAUCGUCCUGCAGCUUGUCGCGUUCGUUGCGGCUUGCCUUUUGCUCAGCGGCGACAUUUACCUCACCUGCUACGGGCUGCACCGUGUGUACCAUUCCAAACCUGUCACGAUGACAUACCAAAUUCUCGACGGGUUGGAGCGACGCAAAUGCCUGGCUCUCGUUGUUGUCAUCAAUGCGCUCCCGUCGCUCUUGUACUUGGACGUGGCGCGCAUUUACUUCUUUACGCAAAAGGGCUAUGUCAUCUGGUGCCUUGCGGUGGCGAUGCUGGCGGUCUUUGCCUCGUUCGCCCUCAUGCUCGUGCUCAGUUGCAUCGAGAUUCUUCCACUGCCGGCCGUGCUCCAUACGGUGUGUCUCCCGUACAACGCAUCGCGCUUCGUCUACACCUCUCUACUUGCGAUCUUCCUGGCGUGCGCCGGGACCCGGUCGCUCUUUCAAACGACCUACAACGCCUUCUUUUCCGCCGAGCCCACCUUGGGACUGUGGCUGCGCAACACGACGUGGCCAAGCGGCGCCUACGUAGCAGAAGGCACACCCGUCGUCCUCACGUGGCUUCAGAUCCCUCUGUGCGCGGCACUUUCGGCGGCUCUCGCCCUAUCGCUUCUCACAACGCUGUUCGAGCGCCUCUACACGCGCAAAAGUCUCUUGCUUUGCACCGACUGGUGCCUUCAAAACAGCUUUUUGGUGCUCGCAAAUCCACCGACGCUCUUGACGGCGUUGCCGCUCGACGAACACGCUACCGUGCGCGUGCACGAGAACGUAGCUUGUCUUCCCUGUGUGCUGACGCAGCUUGGGUAUGUCACGGUGACGCGUCGCACGGCAUCCGAUUCGAUGGCCGGUCCAGCUGCUCGCAAGCCACCGAAAACGCUUGUCGUCAUUAGCAUUUACGCUCUCGUGCCCGCUCUUAUGUGCUCGUGUCUCUUUUGGUUCCCGCCCCGCAAGUAUGGUCAUAUUGUCGACGGCAAGUUCACUGCGACCCCCGACGCAUACCUGGAUCGGCAAGCGCGUUACGAGUACGAGGAAGCCUCCCACGUUCACUAAGUCGCCAAGCACACGAAUAAACACAAUCCAUCAUUUUUGCCUCCAA